UUUUCCGCGAACAGUCGAAAUAUUCAAAAUGUUGAAAAUAAAACUCAACUCAGUUCUUUUCUUAAUAGUACUUGAAAUAUUCUUGGUGACCACAGCUGCCUUCGAAGAGACGUGCGAAUCCGACCGAGAAAUGGAAAAAAAGUGCCGGAUUCAUAACUAUAAGACUGUGAAACCUUUGCUUGAUUAUUUUAGGCAAGUGCGAAAUGAGUUAGAAGACAAAGAAAUUAAGGAAACUAAGUUAAAUGUAUUAAAUGCGGAUCUUAUGCAAAAGUAUCAUGAAAUUGUGAGAAUUCAUGACAAAUUCAUGAAUGAGGCAGCUCUAUUAGAUGAGUAUAAAAACAAAGUACUUAAAGGGGAAAACGAUUUGCAAUCGUGUCAAAAUAAAGUUGAUAAAUUCGAAUCUGAAAUUAAUUCAAAACAAAAUAUUAUUGUGAAAUUAAAAAGAGAAUUAGCUGAUAAAUCCACCAACUUAGAAAAUUGCGAACUUCAAUUUAAAAAUCUUAAUUCUAGCUUAAUUGAAAAAGAUGAAAAAAUAAAGAGAAUUAGUGAGAAUAUUCAAAAUAAUACUGAACAUCAGAAAACACUUAAAGAGCAAUUAGAGAAGAUUAAAACUAAAUUAAUAAAUCAAGAUAAGGAUAUUCAGUUAUGCCAAUCUGACCUUGAUAAGUUAAGUCCCACAUCUUGCAUCCCAUUUGGAGAUUCAGAUGUUCAUCAACUCAAUGUUUCUGGCGUUGGUUUCUUUGAUGUUUUAUGUGAUAGCCAGAUAGCUGGACCUGGAUGGAUUGUAAUACAGCAACGAGUUGGAGGAAAUGAGAGUUUCAAUAGGAAUUGGGCAAGGUAUCGCAAAGGUUUCGGUUCUUAUAGGAGCGAUUUCCUCCUCGGACUAGAGAAAAUUCAUCGUAUCACGAGCUUGCAGCGUCACGAACUUUACUUACAUUUGGUUGCUGUGAAUGGAAGUACCUUCAACGCUCGAUAUGACGACUUCAAAAUAUCUGAUGAAGACAGUGAAUAUAAACUGAGUUUGGGUAAAUUCAGUGGAACUAUUAAUGAGGAUGCGAUGAGAAAAGGCGAAAACAUGAGAUUCUCAACAUUCGAUCGCGACAACGACAAUAAAGAUGGUAAUUGCGCAUUUUUUUUUCAAAAGUGGCUGGUGGUACAAGAAAUGUUACGAUUGUAAUUUGAAUGCACCAUACGUGGAACAUCUAGUUUGGUGGGAGAAAAAUAAAGUCGAACUUAAAGAAGCUAAGAUGCUAAUUCGCCCCAAAGAAGCGAUGAAGAAGUGAGCAACUGAAGAGCCGAAAUUCCGAUAUUUUACUAAAAAAUGUAAUCAUUUAUAUAUAAUUGGUACAUUAAGAACUUGCGUUCUAAAUAAAAAAAAACUAUCGAUUAUAUAAUGCAGCGAUUUAUUUGUAAUGUUGAAAUUGAUCAGUAUUUAUUGUAUUUUAUGUUUUGUUGUAUCAAAUUGUAAGUCUCUAAGUGCUUUCAAUAGAGGUGCAAAUACUUAAAAGUAAGGAAACUUAUGAUUAUUUUGUACAUAUCUUCCUAAGCGAACUUUGAAUGUUAAAUUA